AUGCACUUCAUGAAGAAACUGAGAAAGCUGGUGGAGCAAACCCAGCCUGAGUGGCGUGACAAGUUCUUGUGUUAUAAGGAAUUGAAGAAGCUCUUGAAGAUUAUUUGUCCCAGAGACCAAUUGCUGUUUUUGGAUCCCAGAUAUGUCAACCACUUCCUUCAACUCUUGCUGGCAGAGAUUGACAAGUUCAACGCUUUCUUUGUUGAAAAGGAGGAAGAGUACAUCAUCAAAUGGAAGGAAUUGCAAGACAGAGUUGAUAGGGCCAUUGAUUUGGAUUCAGAUGCAGAACUGAUGGCAUUAGGGAGGGACAUGGUGGAUCUACAUGGAGAGAUGGUUUUGUUAGAGAACUAUAGCUUGCUCAAUUACACAGGAUUAGUGAAGAUAAUAAAAAAAUAUGAUAAGCGAACAGGAGCACUACACAGAUUGCCUUUCAUUCAACAAGUGUUGAACCAACCAUUCUUUAAGAUUGAUGUGGUGAAUAAGCUGGUAAAGGAGUGCGAGAUAAUACUGAGCAUUCUUUUUCCCUUAUAUGAAGGGCCAUCUUUUUCAACAAAUGAGAACUAUGAUCGUGAAAAUAAUAAUAAUAAUAAUAGGAACAAUGAAACAAGUGGAGAGAUCCCAAAGAUGCAGGAGGUUUCCGAAGAAGUUCCUGAUAAGAUUGAGAACAUGGAGAAUGAGUUCAUCAAAUUAACUCUGAUGGCACUUCAAACCCUCAGAGAGAUUAGGAGUAGUGGAAGCUCUUCUUCAACUCCAAGCAUUUAGAGGAUGAAUAAACUCAAAACAAAUAA